AUGGCCCUCAAUGACGCCGACCGCCGCCGAAAAAAGUCCAGACGCGCGACGCGCGCCAGGGACUCUGGCUUCCGCGGCGCGUCCGCGAAGCGCGUCGUGCUCCUCGACAAACCGCGCGAGAUGGAACGCUCGCGGUUCGCGUUCGCGAAGGAGAUCUUCCGAUUAAAGGACACGAUCGUCCCGCGGGUGGUCCCGCAAGUCAUCGCCGCCGCGCUCGUCGGGUUGGUCGCGAACGUCGUGAAAAUUCGUCAGUGCGGGGAAGACAUCACGGACGACACGGAGUGCGACGUGACGUUUAACCUGGACGGGCACCUCGGCGUGUCCGUCGUGUUGUCGUUUCUCCUCGUCUUCCGCGCGGACCUCGCGUACGAGAGGUACUACCAGGGCAAAGAGAAUCUCGGGCGCGUGCACAGCGGGUUGAGAAACUUGAACGUCGCCGCGGCGACGUUUUUGCGACCGAUGGCGACGACGACGACGACGACGACGAUGAGCGACGCCGCGGACGCGGCGCUCGCGGCGGCGAAGAUGGCGAAAGAUCGCAUGGAGCUGUUCCGACUCACGAACCUGCUCUACGCGUUCCUCCGGCAAGCGGUGCGAGGACAGCGGCACGGGUACAGCGACGUCGGCCCCGUCACGGACGAGGAGCUCGUGACGCGCGACCGCGGAGGCAAGCCGAGGGUGCCGGACAUCGUGAAAGACCGCGACGAGCUCGAGGAGUUUAAACUUCUGGAACCGUGGAACCGCCCGAACGUGUGCGUUUCUAAGAUCACGUCCAUCAUCGAGCACCACAGACGCGCGGGGAACCUCGGCGAGCGCGCGUGUUUAGACGCGUUUCGCGACUGCCAAACGGUGCUGGACGCGUUAAAGUCCGCGGAGCGCAUCGUCACGACGCCGAUUCCGUACCAGUACUUGCACAUGCUCAACAUCCUGCUAUUUUUCUUCGUAUUCAGCGUCCCGUUCGUGUUCACCGCGAACUUCAAGUGGGUCACGCCGUUGCCCGCGGCCGUCGUCGCGCUGUCGUUUUACGGCGUCAACGAGAUCGGCCGUUGCAUGGAGGAUCCGUUCAGCUGGGACGAGCCGUGCCACGACUUGAGCGGCAUCGGGUGGCGCAUCUACCGCGAGAACCUGCAGAUUCACGAGCGCGCGGACGACGUGGAGAGAGACGCGAUGAAGCUAGAUGCCGCGGAGAGGCUCGCCGGGGAGAAGACGAACGGCGGCGACGGCGAGGCACCCGACGGCGACCGGCGAGAAAUGGCGACGAGAGCCCUCCGCCGCGCCGUCGCCGCCGCGCCCCUCGCGGAUUCGAAAUCACAGGCUGCGGCGCUCGAGGAAGCGUGCGCGCUCGAGGCGCUCGCGCUCGAGGACGGCGACGUCCCGCCUCUGUCCGGCGCCCCCGGGUCGCCGGCGCCGAAGCCCAGCCCCGGCGGCGUCCCGCGCAGCGCGUUGCGUCGCCGCGCGUCGAGCGCGGCGUCCGUGAGCGGCCCGCCGUCCGCCGCCGCCGCCGCGGCGAGAGCGCGCGCGGCACGGCUCGACGAAGCCGCGAACGGCUCGCCGAAGCCGUCGACGGGCGGACGCCGCGGCGAACGCGGCGGCGGCGACGAUGAGCGCGGCGGCGACGACGACGACGACGACGACGACGCGAUGACGUUGGACCCGCACAUGCUCCCGAUGGAGCUCAGCGCGCACUGGACCGGUUUUUUCAGCGAGAUUUUCACGUGGCGGAACACCGUGAUGCCGUCGCUGCUGCCGCAGAUCUGCGUCGCGGUGAUCCUCGGUCUGUUCGCGAACUGGCUGAAAGGGUUCUACUGCGACCCGAGCGUCGUCGCCGCGGCGGAGUGCGAGACCACGUUCGACAUCACCGGGCAUCAAGUCGUCUCCGUGUCGCUCGGGUUCCUACUCGUGUUUCGCACGGACUGGGCGUACGAUCGGUACUACGAAGGGAAGCAGUCGUUAGGUCACCUGUACUCCGGGCUGCGGAACCUGAACGUGUGCUUCGUGAACUACCUGCGCGCGAACAAGCCGGGGGAGAAGCCCGCGAGCGAGCUCGACGGCGCGCUCAGAGGCGUCGGGCGGACCGGCGACGAGCAAGACGCCGCCGCCGCGCGGAGAAUCGAAGAAGACCGCACCGAGCUCCUCCGCCUGACCAACAUCCUGUACGCGACGAUGCGACACAUCCUGCGCGACCUGCGCGUCGGCGGGGAAGACGGCGAGCCGAUGACGGACGAGGAGUGCGUGAUGUCGGAUCCGACCGGGAAGCCGCCUCUGCCGGACCUGCUCAAGCCGGGGGAGGCGAAGACGCUGCUCGCGAUGAUGCCGUCGAACCGCUGCAACUGGGUCGCGAUGCGCGUGCAGAUGAUCGUCGAGACGCACAGGAGGCUGGGGAACAUAAGCGAGCGCGCCGCGUUCGAGAUUUACCAGCAGCUCGAGCUGUGCCUCGGAGCGUACAAAGCCAUGGAGCGGAUCGUCUCCACGCCGAUUCCGUUCACGUAUCUGCACAUGUUGCAGUUCAUCCUGUUCUUCUUCGUGUUCAGCGCGCCGUUCGUGUUCGCGACGACGUUCCGAUGGAUCGCGUGGCUGCCGAGCGCGAUCGUCGCGGUCGGGUUCUACGGCAUCAACGAGAUGGGGAAGCUCAUUCAGGAUCCGUUCAACUGGCAGCAGCCGUGCCACGACCUCAGCGGCGUCGGGUUGCGGAUUUACAGGGAGAACUUGAAGGUGCACGAAAACGCCGCCGCCGCCGCGGCGAAGGACGCCAGCCUCGCUUCGAACGCGAGCGCGCGCGCGGACGGCGCCGCGUUCUUGAAAGUCAUGCAGACCGCGCUCGAGCGGCACGACUCCGAGAGCGACAUCGCGGCGACAUCGCCGGGGAACGCGAACGACGCGAACGCGAACGCAAAGUCGAGGAGCGCGGCGAAGGCGCGCGCGAGGUCGAGAGCCAACUCGGUCACGUCGCAGACGAGCUUCGGAAGCGACGCCGCGCGAUCGCGCUCGAGCGCCAAGUCCGUGUUCUUGGCCCUGGAUGCGAUGCCGUCCGUGAACGCGCACGGCGGCGCGAGCGAGAGCUACGGCGAAGAGCUCGACUCCGGUCCGCUAACGUUUUUUACCGUUUUAUUUCGGUACCGCGGCACCGUGCUUCCGAAGAUCAUGCCGCAGACGUUGUUCGCGGUGUUCGUGUCCGUGCUCGCGCAGGUCGUGAAGAUUUACUGGUGCGGCGCGAACAUCACGUCGCACAGCGAGUGCCCGCUCGCGUUCAGCGAGACCGCGCACUCGGUCGCGGGAGGGAUCAUCGGCUUCAUGCUCGUGUUUCGAACGUCCAUCUCGUACUACCGGUUCUACGAAGGGAAGAAAUACCUCGGAAACCUGUACGACUCGGUACGGAACGCGAACAUCGGGUUCAACGCGUUCAUGCGCAGCAGCGAGGACGAGCACGUCCACGCCGGGUUCUCACAUUCCCUGAAUCGCGACAGGGUCGAGCUCAGGCGGUUAUCGUCCGUUUUGUACGCGUUCAUUCGUCAGGCGGUGCGAGAACACCGACACGGGUAUCCGACGCGUUGCGACGUCGCGGCGACGGACGCGUCGCUCGUGGACGACGACCUGUUCGGUCGUCCGUCGCUCGGCGUCCUCCUCACGGACGCGGAGCGCGCGGAGUUCAAAGCGCUCGACUUUAACAACCGCGCGAACAUGGUCGUGUGGAAGAUGCAGUCGAUCGUGGAGCACCACAGGCGGUUAGGGCACGUCUCCGACCGCGGCGCGUUCGACAUCUACCACGACCUCGAAGGUUGCCUCGAGGCGUACAAGCACAUGGAGCGCAUCGUGUCCACGAAGAUGCCGUUCCAGUACCUGCACAUGGUGAACUUUCUGCUGUUCAUCUUCGUCUUCAGCGCGCCGUUCGUGUUCACGACCGGGUUCAAGUGGCUCUCGCCGAUCCCGUCGUGCAUCGUCGCGAUUUCGUUUUACGGCGUCGCGGAGGUGGCGCGAUCGAUCGAGGACCCGUACUCGUGGGUGAAACCGUGCCACGACCUGACCGGCGUGGGGUGGCGUCUGUACGCGGAGUCGCUGCAGCUGCACGAGGCGUCCGUCGUGGACGUGGACGCGGCGAUCGCGAACGACGGCGGGGGCGCGUUCGAAUGCGAAACCCCCGCGGCGGCGGCGGCGGCGGCGGCGGCGGCGGACGCGUCAGUCGUGUACGUCGGCGUGGACGCGACCGGCGGCGCGAAGAGCGCCGGGGGCGCGAAGCGAGUCUCCCCCGGCGGCGUGCGUCGCAGCGUCGCGCACGGCGCCGUGGACGUCGAGCUGCUCGCGCACGCUCCGACGGUGGAGCCGUCCGCGGAAGCGAUCGAGGUCGCGAAAGCGCGAGCCGCGGCGGCGGCAAAGGCUGCUCAGGAGCCGCCGCCGCCACCGCGGGCGCCCGCGACCGCGACCGCCGCCGCGGCCGGCACCCUCUCCGGCGGCGUCCCCUUGACGCACACGCCUCUCCCGACGCCGGAGCUGUCCUCGCACGCGCUCGGCUUCAUCUUCGACAUCUUCCGGUUCAAGCACACGAUUCACCGCGAAGUCGUCCCGCAAGUCGCGCUCGCGUUCGUCAUCGGCUGGGCCGCGCAGAUCGCGAAGCUGAUCCGGUGCGGCGGGCACGUCCAAGAGGCGUACGAGUGCCCGGUCACGUUCGAGCCGCACGCGCACGCGGUCGUGGGGUCCGUCCUCGCGUUCAUGAUCGUGUACCGGUUUAAGUUCGCGUACGAUCGGUACUACGAGGCCAAGAGCGCGAUGGGCGAGUUACACUGCGGGUUGCGGAAUUUCAACAUCGGCGUGUGCGCGUUUUUACGCGACGCGCGCGAGGGCGAGCCCGGGUACGACGGCGCAGACGGCGCGGUCGCGAGCGCGCGCGCGGCGCUGCUGCUGAACGAGCGCACGGAGCUUCUGCGUCUGAGCGGUUUGCUCUUCGGGUUCCUCCGGCACAUGCUUCGCGAGCAACGUUUAGGGUACCCGGACGAUACCAAGCCGGGGGAUAAGCAACUGCUCAUGGAGGACCGUUACGGCGCGCCGUCGCUCGGGUCGCUGCUCAAAGGCGCGAGCGAGGCGAACGAGUACAGCGAGGCGCCGUUUCAGAACCGCCCGAACAUGGUCGUGACGCGGAUACAGGCCAUCGUCGAGCACCACCGUCGGUUGGGGCACAUCUGUGAACGCGGCGCGUUCGACUUGUACAGCGAGUGCCAGCUCGUGAUGUCGUCCUUGAAAGCGUGCGAGCGCGUUGUGACGACGCCGAUACCGUUCCAGUACGUCCAGAUUUGCUCGUUCGUGACGUUUCUGUUCACGUACAGCGCGCCGUUCAUAUUCACGGUGAGUUAUCAGUACAUCUCGUUUUUCCCGUCGUGCCUCCUCGCGAUGGCGUUUUACGGGAUCAACUCCAUCGGCGAAGUCAUCGAGCGGCCGUUCAACUGGACGGAGCCGAACCACGACAUCGCCGGCGUCGGGUUGCGGGUCUGGCGCGAGUGCGUGCAGAUCCACGAGCGGUGCGCGGAGAAGGUCGUGCGAGACGCGACGACUCGCGACGACGACGACGACGACGACGACGACGACGACGACGACGACGACGACGGCGGCGACGACGGCGGCGGCGGCGGCGAGGCUUCGCGCGCCGCGCGCGCUCUGCGCGACCUCGCGCAUCGCGCGUCGCUGAAACCCGACCACGAGUCGCUUCUGAGACAGCACGCGGAGAUUCAGCGGACGUUCCGCGACCGCCGCCAGUCCGCGAUCGACGUGUCCAAGGGCAUACGGUCGCUGGAGUAUCCGCGUCACCCGUUGGCGUUCAUCACCGGCUUGUUCUCGAUUCGGCACAACGUGCUGAAGAAGGUUGCCCCGCAGAUUAUGUUGUCCGCGUCGGUGGGUUUAUUCGCGAACGCGGCCAAGUCGUACCUGUGCGGGGACGACGUGAAGCUAUCCUCCGAGUGCAUGGUCACGUUCAACACGGAAGCGCACGCGAUAUGCGGCGCGAUCAUCGGGUUCCUUCUCGUGUUUUGCGCGCAGAUUUCGUACGUGAAAUUUUACGAGGCGAAAACCGCCGUCGGGGAGGUGUACCACGGGAUACGGAACAUGAACAUCGCCUUCGCAGCCUUCUUGCGCGCGCCCGCGCCCGGAGAGCCCGGUCACGACGACGCGACGCCGCGCGACCAAACGACGCGCGACGUCCUCCGCGCGGAUCAGAUCGAACUCCGCCGCCUGACCAACGUCCUCUUCGCGUUCGUCCGCCAAGCCCUGCGCGAGCACCGCCACGGGUACUCGCACCACGCGUCCGAGCGUCGCCACCGCGCGCCGACGCCGAUCGCGGACCUCCUCGCGAGCGACGAGCGCGACGACCGGUCGCGCGGCGCGGGCGCGGGCGCCGGUCGCGCGCGGAGCUGCGUCCACCUCGGCGGCGCCGUCGCCGGCCCGGUGUCCGACGCCGACCUCCUCCGGGAGGACGCGUGCGGCGACCCGACGCUCGCGCUGCUGCUCACGGCGGACGAGCGCGCGAGGUACGCGAAGGUGGACCGCGCGAACCGGUUCAACGUCGUCGUCGCGGACGUGCAGAGGCUCGUGGAGAGGCGGCGACGCGCGGGGGAUGUGUACGAGAAAGCCGCGUUCGACGUCUACAAAUCCUGCGACUUCGUCCUCGCCGCGUACAAGUCCUGCGAGCGGAUCAUAUCCACGCCGAUACCGUAUCAGUACGUGCACAUGGUGAACCUCGUGUUGUUCGUGUUCGUGUUCAGCGCGCCGUUCACGUUCACGGCGACAUUUAAGUGGCUCACGCCCGUUCCGGCGGCGAUCCUCGCGCUCGGGUUUUACGGGAUCUGGGAGGUGGGCAAGACGAUGAUGGACCCGUUCGACUGGCACCAGCCGUCGAUCGAUCUGACCGGCGAGGGCAGGAGGAUCGCGAACGAGGCGCAGAGGAUCACGGAGGCGGGCGCGCGGCGGUAUUCGCUGUUCUCGCCGAGGAAGAAGUGA